AUCUAUUCACACGCGCACAAGAAAUAAAUUAGACUGACUUGGAUUUCAAUGGAGAAAGAGAGACGAAGCGAAGAAGAAACCUCUCAUCAUCGUCCUUGUCAAUUCCUUAACGAAGCUAUCAACAGCUUCAUGGAGUGUCUUGGUCUUCAUAUCUCUCCUCCUCCAUAUUAUUCAGCAUCUUCGGAGACUCCAAACGGCAUCGUGACAACAAGGGGAAUGAUAGUCAGGCUAAAGCAAAGGGGGAGAGAGACACCUAGCUCUGGUAGGCCUGGCCGCCACAACUAAGGAUUGGAUUUGUUCUUUUCCUAUCACCCAUACACGUGGAAAACGGAUUACAAGUGCAUGCAAUUUCACGUUCGUUCAUAAACAUCGUUUCAUGUGUUUGUAUAUUGUUUCUGCUAAUUACCGUAGCAUUUCAUGAAGUUUCAAAAGGUUCUAAUAUGAUAUAAAAGGUGUUAUUAUUAAUUAUUAUCAUAUUCAAGCGACUGUGGUAAUUGGACGAUAGCCGACGGUCACCAAAGGUUACAAAAUUUUAAAUAAAGUAUUAUAAAAAACGUUUGUACUAUUAGGUGAUCUUAGUUUUUGGACCUAGCUACGAGUGUAUAAAAUAUAUUGAUAAUCAACAUCAUUGUAUAUGUUUGCUCGUGGGCAGUGGCGGACCCAGGAUUCAUUUUAACCGGGGUCAAACAGCUUAUAAAGAAAAGCAAAAAGAAAAUAAUAGGGGUUCAAUGGGUAUCGAACACUAGUUUUAAGGAGGGUCAGAGUACAGUUUGAACCAAAAUUACCAACGAAUCUUUAAUGUUUGUUCCCAUAUUUUAGUUUUUAUCAGGUUUAAGGUGUGUCAUGUGACACCCCAUUAGUGUGAGUGGGUCCGCCUCUGCUCGUGGGUUAAUAUUUUAUUUUCAGAGCUAAAGCCACAACAAUUGUAUAAACCUGAUUAGAAUCAAUACGUGUAAUCAUUUUCCGCUGUUUAUAACACAUUAUUCCCCUAAUCGAAACAUCUCUGUCGUAUCUUGUUAUAUAGUUGCGCCUUCGAUCCUCUUCCUCUUAUUAUUGCAUGUAUGCUACAGAAACAGAAUAAACAUUUACCUAAUUAUUUCAUUCAAUAGUCAACGUUUGUGUCGUGCUGUUACCUGGCAGCUUUGAUGCAUAAGCAAGCUAUUGAUGCGUAUAUGCGGCAUAUAUCAUAUUCAACAUUUACUUCUAUUAGUUCAUGUAUUUUGAUCGACUAGAUGUACAUGAAAAAAUCGCAUAGAUAAAGUCAAGAAAUGAAGAAAAAUAUAUAUUAUUGUUGGAAAAAAAACACUUGGUUUGAAAUAUAAGUCUGAACUUGUUGAACACAAAUUAGAGUAUAGUAUGUUUAUAGAAAAUGAGAGUUGGCGCCAAGGGGUUCUAUAUAUGGAUGGGUUAGCCAUUUCCCACUUAACUCUGCAUUGUAGACCUAUAGAAUUCCACUCCUCCACGGAGAAAAACGAUAUAAAUAAACAAAUUCCACUUCUCCACUGUACACAAAGCAAAAAAGAAAGAAAAGAAAUUUAUUAAAAGGUAGGAGACUUGAGCUUGAAGUUUCGGAAUUGUCACAAUUUUUUUUUAAUAAUUAAAAACCGAUAUUUUCACUGCAUAAUUUGGGAGAAAAUACGAUCCGGUACACGGACCAUAAACCGGACUUGAGUUUUUUUGUUUUUUUUUCGAACAAAUCUCGGUGAAUAUUGGACUGCUUAUCGGACCUAUCAUUUUUUUUUUCUUCUAGCAGCUUCUACAAAGACAUACCCCUGUAUAGAAAUGAGGAACAAAGAGUUGAGAGGGAACAUUUAAGAGGGUGAUUGAUCUUUUGGUUAGAGAGAGAGAAAUUAGAAGACAGAAGAUGCAGAAAGAGAGCGAUAACAAAAGACAUGGGUGCAAGCUCAUCACUCAAACUGCAAUGGCUUUCCUAGACUGUCUGAAUCUCAGACACUCAUCUUCUUCUUCAGACAUGGUGAAAGCCAAAGCAAGAAAUGUAAACUGAUGAAUUCUCUUCUCUUUCGUUUAACUAAACGAGUGUUUUCUUUUCUGCUUAGCUUCUCUUUUUGUGAGGUAGGAGGCAGAAGUAGCUUCAUCUGUCGAAACUUCCGCUAGGAGUCUAAACGUGUCGAGUAAAUUGACAAGGAAACCGCCGGUGAGCUCAGGGAAAAGAGGUGGAGUUAACAGCUACGACAUGUAGCUACAAGUCUUUUUUUUUUAACUUCGUCACGGUGUAAAAUAGGGUAAUCUUUGUGGACCAGUAACUCUAAAAGAAACUUGAUUUGCGUCUCAAGA